CAACUUCAAAACCAAUGGAAACCAAUAACCUGACAGUGCAGCUUGUAGAGCGAUCAAGCUAUUAUGUUGCAUGAAAGGUUUGGCUUGAAGGUUCAAGAUAGAUAGGAUGAGGGUUGUGUUUGGUGGAUGAUCACGGUCGAGGAGAGGGAUAAAUGGUGGUCGAACAGAGCGUAUGUAGCACGGCAGCCCAAAGUAGGGCCCGCGUGCCAAAGUUGGCCUGCCACAAGGUUUGAUUUGGCCCCCCAAAUGUUUUUAAAUAAGUAUCGAGUGGCAGGUUUCACAUGAAGUCAGUCGAAUAUUUCUGCAUCUUAACAAUAAGAUAAAAUACAUUCAUGAAAAAGAGGUAGUGGUGUGCUUGAGUAUUUUUAUAUCUCUGUAUAAUCAACAAACUUUUGAAACACAUGCAGGUAGCAGGAAUAAAACUUGAAAUAGUUUAAAAAGCCUUUAUUCAAAACAUGGCUAUUUACAUAACAAUAAAGCUGGCUAGACAUUAAAGGUCCCCUGCAGGAUACAAAAUACUGUGAUGAAGACCUUCAAGGUCAAACGUGGUCACUCUCACAGUAAAACAGAUGAUAUUAAAUAAUGUUUACUAUUGGCCCAUUGGCCCUCAAAUGAAAAAGUGUUGGCACCACUGAUCUAUAGAGAGGGGGCACGCCUCGAUCGACGUAUGGCUUCAUCACCCAUCUGUGGUUCCUGUAAUGAAUAGCAAUAUGUAAAAUGACUGAGAUGGAUGCAGACAGGUGUUUUGGGAGAUUAAACCCACCUAUAGGUUAUAAUAACUUCAUUCAUGUCAUUUAUUUCAAAGACUUGUUGAAUCCGAUUUACUAUAUUUAACAUUACCAUGACCUGCUGGGAGGAUUGUUUUUCCUACAGGUAGGACAUCCUACUCAAAUGAUUUGGAAAUUCCCCGAUGCAUCAUUGUGUGAAAUAAAAAGCUCUCUGUAUUAUUGAGUGUCAUUUACAGCACCCGGGCCGUUUGCAUAAAUACUUCCUCGUCAACAUUUUCACCUUGUCCAGAGUCUCUACGAGGCCCCAUGUGCAUUUUAUUUGCAGCCCAUUCCAGUUUUGGUCGGAGCAGAAAGAAGCCGAUGAUCGCCCCGCCGCCUUCAAACCUUCAGGGGAGAGAAAGUGCAUCUCGACACUUUCUCUCCCCUGAUGAACAUAAAGCGCCUGCAGGGGAGAACAUAGCACAGCAAGCGGAGAGGUGUGGCUGCAUAACUCUCAUGACAGGUAGACAUGGGGGAGGAGCUAGAUUACCUGUGCAGAGCUGGCAGCCAGUGCACAGUGGACAGAGCACCUGUUGCACUUCCCAGGCUCUGUCUCCCUCUCUUUCUCUGUUCCUCUCUCCCUCUUCCUGUCCCUCUCUCCCUUUCCCCUCGACUGGGCUGGUAGGCACCGGGCGAGCUGAGGGCCCCACCAUGGAUCCCACUGAGGCCGGCGGGAGCGAAAAGGAGAAGGAGAAAGAGAAGGAGAAAGUGAUAAAGAAGAGGAACCGGCCGGUGUUCCUGCGUUACCUGGAGAGGAGGAAAACGGACACCAUCGUGGCUGAUGACGCGGCCAAAGGUGACUUCAACCUGGGGACGCUGGUGAGGAGGAGCCAGUCUGACAAGACGGAGUACAGCGCUAAACUUAAAGAGAAAAUGUCACCACACAACCUGUCCCCACUGCCCUCGCCAGCUCUGGACCCAGAGGAGGUCCGUCUGAGGAAGAUGAACCGCAGGGCAAAGGUCAUUCAGGAGCUUGUGCAGACUGAAAAGGACUUCCUCACCGACCUGGAGCUGUGCAUCAGAGAGGUGGUCCAGCCUCUACGGAAUUUGCAGGUUGUGGAUGUAGACAGGCUGUUCACCAACAUGGAGACAGUGUGUGAGGUGUCUGCGGCACUCCUUCACAGACUUCAUGAGGCCCUGGCCGACCCCGAUCCAGAGGCAGUCGUCAUAGGUGAAGUAUUCAUCCAGGCGAAGGCAGCUUUAGAAGAUGUAUAUAAGAUUUACUGUUACCACCAUGACGAUGCCAACAUGUCACUGAAGUCCUAUGAGAAAGACGAAGAGAUAAAGCAACAUUUCACCACUUGUGUAUUAGCUCUGAAGAAAAUCUAUGACCAAGAAGGGAAACCCAACCUGCUGGACAUGGGCUCACUCAUCAUCAAGCCAGUUCAGAGGAUCAUGAAGUACCCACUGCUGCUGAGGGAGCUGUGGCAGGCCACGCCCGAAGACCAUCCCGACUGUCGGCCGCUGCAGGAAGCCUUCACCGCCACCAAAAUCAUCAACGUUAACAUCAAUGAGUUCAAGAGACGAAAGGAUAUAGUUAUGAAGUAUAAGAGGUUGGAAGAUGAAGGCACACUGAGGGGAAAACUACACAAGUUCAACAUUCACUCCAUCCGGAAGAAAGGCGACAGAUUUGCAGGCUAUCUCAAGAUCCUCACUGGAGUCGAACCACAGGUGAGAGAUGAAGUGUUUGACAGAGAGGAGAAGCUGUUUAGGAGUCUGGAGAAGGCCACGAGGCUGCUGGUCAAGAAUGUUCAAUGUUACCUGCAGCACACUCAGGACAUGGUGUCUGUAGCUGUCCAGAACGUCCAUGACAUGGAGAACAUCGUCAAGGAGUCGGGCAAAAACGGCACAAACGGCUCAUUGCACAUCAACAGAAAUGACCCCUAUAAGCACUUUAAAGACAGUAUGGAGCGCUUGGUUCUCGCCCCCCUCUCCUCCCUUCAAGGCAUGUUCACGGCCCCACAGAAGCUCAUCCAGAAGCGCUAUGACAAAUUGCUGGAUUACUGCAGCCGCCUGGAGCGCUCCUCGUCUUUUUCAUCCUCGUCCUCGUCAUCCACCACCGCUUCCUCUCCCUCAUUGGUGUCGGAGGACCCGCCCGGUCCCGCCAAGAGGGACUACGAAGCCAUCAAUGCCUUGCUGGUGGAGGAGUUGCAGAGGUUCAACAUGGCCGCCUACACCAUCCUGACCAACUGUAUGGUAUACCUGGUGGCCCUGCUCAGAGGGCUGAUGGACAAAAUACUGCUUUGUUCCCCGUCCAUAAAGCAGCUGCCGGCUCCGCUGUCAAACAUCGCUGAAGUGCAGAACAGCAUCAUGGAUGAGCUGAACAAUCUGUCGUUUGUCAAAGAUAACGCACAGAAGCUGAUGGAGCGGAAGGUCAGCUUCGAGAGGCAACGAGACAAGAAAAUAGCGGUGCCGGAGGUACAGCAUCAAACCGAGGAGCAACGCACCCGGCUGCUGGCAGAACACCCACUGAGCCGUCUGUACCAGCUGAAGAGGAAGUGCAAUGGCUGCCAGGAGCAGGACCUCAGCCUGCUGGAGGGAGAGCUGGUGGCCCUACUGGAGGACACGGACCCAUUAGGCAGCAGCAGCCGCUGGCUAGUUGACACUGGAGGUGCGCAGGGCUACGUCUACUCCACCUUCCUGAAGCCGUACAACCCUCUGAGGGACUCCCAGCGGGGAGGCCAGAUGGUCCGGGAGCAGCAGCAGCAGCAGCCGCCUGGCAUGGUGGACGAGGACUUUGACGACCUCAGUCUGUUCGUGUCGGGCAGUGGCAGCAGCAGCCUGCGCAGCUUCAACCUCAACUCCGCCGACAGCAGCUCAACCCUCUCUGGACUACAGGGGGAGCAAGAGAGCCCCGAAGACCUGGAGGACACGCUGGACGCUGAGGCUCAGCAGUUUUAUGCCGUUUAUGCAUUUCAAGCCCGCUGUGACCAGGAGCUGACCUUGCAGGAGUACCAGCAUGUCCGGAUCCUCCAGUUCUCUGACCUAGGAGGCAAUAAGGACUGGUGGCUAGCGGAGUGUAACGGACAGAGGGGAUACGUCCCUGCCAACUACCUUGGCAGGAUGUCUUACGCAUAAAUAGAGGCCCUCAAGGAUAUCAAGACAACAGAAACAUCGAGAGCACCAGACCCGGAAAGAACCUGUGGCAUGUGGCAUUUAGAGCAAAAACAAAAAUAGCCCCAACAUUAACACCCACACUCUACUUUGUGAAACUGCACUAGGUAUCCCUACAGUUUAUCAGAGGUCUCUUACCAAAAGUGUUAAAUCUGCUUUGCCUUCAGACAAUCACAACGAGAACUCACACAUGCAGCCAAUACAUAAACGAUGGUAGGAACACACAGGGCACUGUGCUGAGCACUUUUUGUACUUCAGUGUUGUAGAGUCUAUAUUGAUAAUGAAGUGAUUUAUUCUUGAAAUUAAUUUUAUAUGUGAACUGAUUUGCAGAUGAAGUCAUUGUUAUAUGUGAAAUAAUUAAGUCAUGAAGUAUAUGGUCUAUGUGAAUGUGAAAUGAAGAAAUCUAUGUCAUCAUUUAUAUUUUAACAGUUAUGUCUCGAAUAAACAUACAUAAACAUC